GAAAGAAAUCGCCGGAAGAGCGCGUCACUUCCUGGUUCUGCAUCUGACGUGUCUAAAACAGUUUUGCUCUGGUGGUGGAUUUUGCUCGUGGGGGAUUUAUCAUCUAUUGGACUAGAUAUUUGAUACGUGGUGGCAAGAUGCUAGACUUCUUCACCAUCUUCAGCAAAGGGGGGAUAGUGUUGUGGUGUUUUCAGGGAGCCGGGGUCACCGAAUCCUUCGCCGGGCCUGUCAACGCUUUGAUACGCUCCGUAAUCCUUCAGGAGCGAAGUGGGAACAAUUCAUAUACUCAUGAGGCCCUGAGUCUGAAAUACAAGCUCGACAAUGAGUUCGAGUUGAUUUUUGUGGUGGGUUUUCAAAAGAUCCUGACGCUGACUUAUGUGGACAAGUUCAUAGAUGAUGUUCAGCUCCAUUUUAGGGAUCGUUAUAAGAAUGAGCUGGAGCAGAAGGGGCCUCUGAAGCUAAUCCAAAACAACUUUGAAUUUGAGGAUGACUUCAAAAUACUUCUCAGGGAUGCGGAGGAGAGCAGCAAAGCUCGGAGCCACGCCCAAAUGCGGACCUUUACUCAGUCCGAGAAAUCCCAAAAGACUGUGAAGUCAAUGAUUGAGACCAAGGGUGGGGAAAAGGUCAAGGAACAGGGUGGAAAGAAGAAUAAAAAUACCAAAAAAGAGGCUCCUGCAGCAGAGCCUGUCAAAGUGGAUCAAGGCAAGGCCUCAUCCUCUGGGCAGAAGAUGGUGGAGAAUGGGAGCCAUGGCUUGACUUCUGAGGAGAUCAUGCAGAAGAAGAGAGAGGAAUUCUUUCGCAAGCGCACGACGGUACCUACCGAAAAGCCCACCAGUAAGUCUCCAAAGCCUCAGAAGCCCAAGGAGAAACAAAGGCGUGUCUGGGACAUGGGUGGUAACAGCACCAAGGCGCUGGACUACAGCGGAAGGAACGGCGAUGGUUCCUCAAAUGAUGGCGACCAGAACCAGGAAGCACACAUUGACCUGGGGAUGCAGCUAAACUCCAUGAAGGGUGACCUGCAGUCCGUGGAAUAUGAGUCCAGUGAGGAAGAAGAGGAGGAUGAGGAGGAGGAGGAAGAAGAGGAGGAGAGAGUGGUUGUCAGGGAAAAAACCAAGAUGAGCUCCAAAAAGAGUGGCGGAUUUGGGGGCAUGUUUGGGAUGCUGAAGGGCCUGGUGGGCUCCAAGAGCCUGACCCGGGAGGACAUGGAGUCAGUACUGGACAAGAUGAGGGACCACCUCAUCGCAAAGAAUGUAGCAGCCGAAAUCUCCUCCCGCCUCUGUGACUCUGUAGCCAAAAAACUGGAGGGCAAAGUCAUGGGCACGUUCACCACUGUGGCCUCAACAGUAAAGCAGGCCCUGCAAGGCUCCCUGGUGCAGAUCCUGCAGCCCAAGCGCAGGGUGGAUAUUCUGAGAGAUGUCAUGGAUGCGCAGAGCCAGCGAAGGCCUUUUGUCAUCACUUUUUGUGGUGUCAAUGGGGUUGGAAAGUCCACCAACCUGGCCAAGAUCUCCUUCUGGCUGAUAGAGAAUGGUUUCACUGUGCUGAUCGCAGCCUGUGACACGUUCCGUGCCGGGGCCGUAGAGCAGCUCCGCACUCAUCAGCGCCGCCUCAACUCUCUGCACCCUCCGGAGCAGCACGGAGGACGCCCAGUAGUCCAGCUCUAUGAGAAGGGCUACGGGAAGGAUGCUGCUGGAAUUGCCAUGGAGGCCAUUGCCUACGCGCGCAACCAGGUUUUUGACGUGGUGCUGGUGGACACUGCUGGGCGUAUGCAGGACAACGCCCCCCUAAUGACAGCUCUGGCCAAACUUAUCGCGAUCAACAUGCCUGACCUAGUACUGUUUGUUGGAGAGGCUCUGGUGGGCAAUGAGGCAGUUGACCAGCUGGUAAAGUUCAAUCAGGCUCUGGCAGACCACUCCAUGUCCGAAAAGCCUCGGCUCAUUGAUGGAAUCGUUCUCACUAAGUUUGACACCAUCGAUGAUAAGGUCGGCGCUGCGAUCUCCAUGACUUACAUCACAGGCCAGCCCAUUGUGUUUGUAGGCACAGGGCAGACCUACAACGACCUGCGCAGCCUCAACGCCCGCGCUGUUGUUAGUGCCCUGAUGAAGGCUUAAGUGGCUGCAAAUCCUGCUGUUUUAUUCAUCGUCGCGACGAAGCCAACAAUACCUUUUGCCACAGCUGAGAUGUCCAGCCCCGCUAACCUGCGUUUGUCAUCCUCUCUCUACUGCAUCAAAUGAACUCAUGUCAUGCACAGGACUUUAUUCUCCCAGUAAAAGGACAAGUGUGCUGUUUGAAAGACGGAACAUUUUGCAACAAAGCCAGAGGGGCCUCCCUUUGAAUCAUUUCUACAUUGAAAAGUACCUCAGACCAGCCAAACAAUGAAUGGACUGACUAAAUGGACCUAGGCUGUAAAUGUCAUCAGUUUACUGCUUUACACAGUAAAAACAAACUCCCUACCUGGCGUUUUGUCAGUCAGUUUUCCCCUCUUCAUGUAAAUGAGGUCAGGUCAGGAAGGCUUGCUGUAUGUGACAUUUCAGCAGCUGCCUGAGGAAAGCUUAGUGACCAUAGUGCCUAUCUGUCUUCUUAGUUAACACUUUCACUACACGGGCGGUUAUCCUUUUAAGAGUACCAUGGCAGGUUAGCUUCAGAAACCACCCGCCGAGUCUUGAAGAGUCUGAAUCUGUUUAACGUACGGUCUAAAGAGUAUCGGCACUAAAGAGAUGUUGUACUCCCGUCAAAUGGAAGAGAAAAUCAUUGCUUACAACUGGUACGCUGGUUCUGGACUGAGUGUUCUAUGAAAGUUAUCUCCCAGAGCUCCUUGCCUACCACCUAACAGUUAACACACUUUCAUUACAAGAUGGACAUGACAUUUUGUAAAGUAAUUUUUAGUUUAGAGGUUCAUAUUAGACGACACCUUAUGUGUAGUCUGUUGAAGUCCUAUGGGCCCUCUUAUUUAUGUUUUCCCCUCUGAUUUACUCCUUAUUUGUAAGAGGACAUGAGUCUUAAAUAUCUCUAGCCCCCUUUAAUUUGUGGUAGUGCAAUAUGAGAGAAUUGAUGAUUUGAGCUAAUUUAUGAGAAUGUAAACAUUUCUAAAUAAAGUUGCUGUAUGCUACGACAGCCUAUAAAGUG